AUGGCCUCCGUGGCACAAGGCGGCUACCUAAAUCCCAUGGCAGCCUUCGCAGCAGCUCAAAUGCAGCAGAUGGCCGCACUCAACAUGAACGGGCUGGCUGCCACCCCCAUGACACCCACCUCAGGUGGCAGCACGCCUCCAGGCAUCACUGCACCAGCCGUGCCUAGCAUCCCCUCUCCCAUUGGGGUGAAUGGUUUCACUGGCCUCCCACCACAAGCGAAUGGGCAACCUGCAGCAGAAGCCGUCUUUGCCAACGGCAUCCAUCCUUACCCAGCACAAAGCCCAACCACAGCCGAUCCUUUGCAACAAGCAUAUGCUGGAGUACAGCAAUACGCAGGUCGUUAG